AUGGAAAAAGCACUUGCACGCUACGGUGUCACUCACCGUCUUUCUACCGCAUACCACCCGCAAACUAGUGGCCAAGUAGAGAAUGCUAACCGAGGGGUGAAGAGAAUCUUAGAGAAAACGGUAGGAAAAAGUAGAAAGGAUUGGUCGGAAAAGCUCGACGACGCUUUGUGGGCAUUCCGUACCGCCUAUAAGACACCGUUAGGAACGACACCCUUUAUGAUCGUGUAUGGCAAAGCUUGCCAUCUUCCGGUAGAGUUACAGCAUAGGGCGUUGUGGGCAUCAAAAACCGUAAACCUUGACCUUACCGAAGCCGCAAGAAGGAGAUUCUUCCAAAUUCACGAGUUGGAAGCUCUAAGGGAUGCUGCCUAUGAACGGAAGUUGAAAUCGAGAUGGAGUGGGCCCUAUGUGGUGAAGGAAGUGUUUCCAUAUGGCACGGUUGAAUUAUACAACGAAGUCGACAACGGUGUGUGGAAGGUAAACGGUCAUCGUUUAAAACAUUACUUGGGAGGUCCUAUUGAUACUACCGAAGAGGAAGAAAUUCCUCUAGAGGACCCACCUACCUUCACCGAUCAUUUUUCGUUUUUCGGUGUUUGUUUUGUGUCGUUGAGAAUUUUGCAGGUUUCAUCACCGAUACGGAACGGAGAAGACAUGAGAAAAGAGGUCCCAUAUGAAGAUGGAGCGGUGGAGAUACCAUCGACUUAG